AUGACGUCGGCGGAGUCGUGUUCGAACGAGUCCGGCGCCGGAUUCGAUACUUCGAUAUUCCACAAAGCUACAAUUAGUUAUGAAUACCUUCAUACGAACAGCACUACACAUGAAUUCGUCUAUGGAGCAAUAGCAGAACUAGUGGAUAAUUCAAGAGAUGCUAUGGCUAAUAAUCUACACAUAGAUUUUGAGCCUAACGAGGCUUACGGAGGAAUGCUAUCUAUACUUGAUGAUGGAUGUGGCAUGGACAGACAGGAGGCCAUAUCUGUUGUUUCAUUCGGUCAUUCUCUAAAGAGAAUGGAGCCCGGUAUGAUUGGGCAGUACGGAAAUGGAUUGAAAUCUGGAGCAAUGCGUAUUGCAAAAGACUUCAUAAUGUUCACAAAGAAAGACGGAUUGUUGACAUGUUUGCUAUUGUCGCGUACAUUUCAUGAAAUGUACGCCUUGAAAGAGGUAUUCGUACCAGUUGCGUCAUUCACACUCGAAGGUGGUAAUCGUGCAAUGUAUUGUGAUUCUCACACGCAAGCAAAAAUGCAUUCACAAUCGAUGGAUGUUAUAUACAGUCACACCCCAUUCAAUUCCCAGGAUGCUUUAUUCGAGCAAUUUGAACGCAUCCAGGGCGCUACUGGUACAUUGAUAGUGCUCUUCAACCUGAGACGCAUUGAAACAGGUGACUUCGAGCUAAACUUCGAUACACCAUACGAUGUGCGCCUAUCAAAUUUCGAAGAGCAAAGGGAAGAGGAACGAAAUUCAUUGCGGGCCUACCUCUCAGUGCUGUAUUUGAACCCAAGAAUGAAGGUCUAUCUCCGAGGCAAAAAAGUGUUUACUACGAGGAUUCUGAAUACAUUGUUGUAUCCGUACAAGUACAAUUAUGCUGCAAAGAACCUCAAAACAUGCGCCAUUAAAGAGUAUGAACGAUGCGAACAGAAAGUUCGCGAAGUAAACGAAAUGCUUCGAAUGUCGGCGUCGGCGCUUGGCGAAUUUGAGGCGAAACAUCGUGGUCAAAACAUUCACACAAAUAAGACGCUUAGAAUGGAACAGAGACUACUAGCAAAGGCUAGGUCUGAUAUGGAAGCAAAGAAGGAUCAAGCGGAGAAACGAGCAGCACAAGCAUUGAAGGCAAAGAACAAUCCGGCGCCGCUCACAUUUUACUUCGGGAUUAAUAUUCAUCACAGGAAUCGAUAUGGAUGUAUGUUAUACAACAAUGGCCGAUUGAUAGAAAUGUACGUGAAGGCAGCAGUACAAAAAGAGAAGAAUGAUCUCAUGAUGAAGUGCCUCGGUGUAGUUGGUGUCGUAGAUGUACCGUACUCAGUUCUGGAACCAACCCAUAACAAACAAAGUUUUGAAAAUAAAAGAGAAUAUUUGUCUCUUUUGCGAUCCAUGAACGAUCAUAUGGAACAAUACUGGAAGGACAUCAAUCUCGCUGGCAGUGAUGGCCCGAGUGGUAUCAAAACAUUUUGGAAGAACUUUGGUUACGAGAACUCUGAAUGGAGCUCGGAAUGUACAAACCUGGCUGAACAUCGAAAGAAACGAUACAUGAGGAUAGGGCAUACUAUACAGUGCGACAAAUGUUUAAAAUGGCGGCAUGUGGAGUAUCAUGCACCGUACGAAAUCAAUGGAAUACCGGAAGACUGGUGUUGCGAUAACCAUCCGAAUAGCAUGUUUCGAGGUUGUGCUAGGGCUGAGGAAGUGACGAAGCUGAAAGAAGGUAAACUUGUUCGACAGAAGUCACCAGAGCCACCUGUCAAGAGCAGUCCGUAUUCGGGGAACCGAAGCAUGGAGCGAAAACCUGAAACAGCAAGUCGCGCCAUCCCCACUGCUACUACCAACGGAAGUGGUGCCGUUCGUCGACCGAUAACGUCACAAGCGACUCCUGUAUCAUCGUCGUCAGCGUCAAGGAGCAGUAGAGAGGUCCAAAGACGUCCAUCAAGCCCUCCACCGUCCGCAAAUCCGUUGAAAAGGUCGUCGCGAGUUGCACAUCGAAAAGAUACGAGUAGCGAAUCUGAAGAAUCAAGUCCUGAACGACCACCACCUAGGAAAGCUCCGAAUAGAACGCCAGUUUACAACAGUAUGAGCAAGUCUACGGAGCGUGUCAGUGCUGUUGGAAGGCCGCCAACGAAACGGGCGGCGGCUGUCGCUCCGAAGCGACGAGUCAUCUCGAGCGAAGAGAGCGACGAGGAGGAUCCUGUUACAGUUCCGGAGUUGCCCAGGAAGGCAAAAACAAAAGCGGACCUCAGGAAACAGUACGAGGAGAAUGAAAAGAAGGCGGAUCCGGAGCCGAAGCGACCCGUUCCGGCUGUGGAGAACAGGAAACCUGCACCAGACGUUGACAAUGAUUCUAAACCCUCAUCGUCUACCGCCUCAGUAAAGACACCUGCAUCUACAGUAAAACCAAGCACAUCUGUGAAGCAAUCCCCUUCUUCGACUACAGUUACCAGCGCGACACCGGUUUCAAAUGGUACCGUAGGAAAAGGUCUUGUGGAUAAGGAAUUGCGUCAGAUGGAGAAAGAAAAGGAACGAGGUGAACGAGCUAUGACGCAAACACGGAAACUGCUUCUUUUCUUCACGAAACAAGGAGUGUCAUUUGCUGAACGUUUUCGAAGAAUGAAUGAUGAAGAACUGCUGCAACAAGACAUGGAGCAAUUUGGCCGAAAUGUAUGGGAGGAGCAUGUUCUGAAGGUGGCUCGGGAACGAGAUGAGUUGCGGAUGCUGCGUCGGAGUGAUAAGGAGCAGAUGAGAAAGUUGUGUGAAGACGAGUUUCGGUCGGAAUUGACUAUAAUUUUGAAAUGGGCCAUGCCAGACGAUGUGGUAACAUACGAGAAUUGCUUUGAAAUGAAAGAUAAACUGCUCGGAAUGCUGAACGCGGAUCCAGAAGAACCAGAGGAUGCCGCACCUCAAGAGGAGGUGUUUUCUUCCGAAACUGCUACAGAUUCUCAGUGA